AUGGUCAUGAACAAACCAAGCCUCUCCUGCUGGGAUGCUGAUCCCCACUCCUUUCCUACUCCCUCGCACAUCCAAUUGCAACAAAAAGAAGGUUAUUGGAUAUCGGAUUUACCACUCAGCCACACUGCUCAGGAGGAUCUUUGUGUCAGUAGCUUGAUCUACACUAAUGACGACUAUCCAGAACUGAUCCAAUACAAUGCCAAUCAUGGGAGUUGUUUCGAUUUGGAAAUCAAUAUGCCAGAUCAUGCACGGUCAUGGCCUAGCACCUUCCCAAAAGUUAUUGCAUGUUCUGAUAGCUAUCCUGACUACAGUUGCUAUUACUCAAAAUCUCGAAGCGAGCAAUUGAGUCGGAGCCUUCUAUUGACCUAUGAAGUUAUUCAAAGGAACCAUGGCCAGGCGCUACAUCUUUUCAACGAACAGCAUCUUUAUUUUAAACUUGAUAAAGUCAGUAUCAAUUGCCGGGGUAGUGUUGAUCCCAUGAUCAAAUAUAUAAAGCGCAACAUCCCCAAAUCCAAGGAAAGGUAUGAAGGUACCUUGGACCAACUUGUCUCAAAGCAAGGUCAAAAGACAUUCCUUAACUGGGAAGAGGAGCCUCUGAUGAAUUGCGAUAAAGUUCAUCGCCCAGAGAAAAAGGAUAUAGUGGCUGAAGUCUUAACAAGCUCACAUGAUAUCAGGAUUGCUAAUGUAGUUGGUCGUUGUGAAGUUGGAGUUUGGCCCAGCAACUCAAUACCUGAUUCAUAUGAUAUCUGGCAAAGGAACGAUUGGUACAAUUUAGUUUUGGGACUCAGUCUGAACAAGGCGCAGCAGGUCAUCGGGAAUGAGGCGUUAGUGUCGGAAAAUGCUAAUUUUGAAUCAAACUUGUGGCCAUGCACAGCUACUGCGGCAAAGAUGCUUGAGAGUAGAAAGUCUAACAACAACUCAACAGUGGUGUGGAAUGUUCCUAAUCAAAUGCUUUGGAGCACCGAAAUCCUUGAGGGAAUCGACAGUGAUCGCGCCUCUUCAAGCUCUCUAAGAGCAUUAGUGCUAAGUCUUUACAACCAAUGUGGUAUUUACAACAUCCUGAACAGUGCAUCUGGCCCAAGCCUAUGGAGCGAUCACACUAGUAAUGAAUAUGGUACGCACAACGGUUGUUGUUUCUAA